GUCAUGUCGUGUAUACAUUUUUAUUUAAGUAACUAGCUGGCGAGUAUCGCGUAUGCCAAUUCUAGAAAACUGGGUUGCUAGCAGGCUUCAAUGAUAACUUCAUUGAAGGAUACCUCUAGCCUGUCAUUGGGAAUAUCUUAGGUACAUACUCUAAAUUGGUCGAUUGUAAAACACUGCUGUUGAUUUGGCUGCUUCGUUUUUGCUUGCUGUGGUACAAGGUUGUCGUUUAAGUCUGUGUGCUUUUUGCCCGAGACAACCGAUCAAAGAUUUUCCCACUCCUCGGUCCUGUCCCCAAUCGUUUAGUGUCAAUUUGUGAUUUUGAUCCAUGAGUAGUUGGGAAUAGCUAAAGCUUCUAACAGCGUUUUGGAAUUGUCAAGAUAGCCAUGCCCCUUUCAGAUUUCCUGGGGGCUCUGAAGGACAACCCCUAUUUUGGGGCAGGCUUUGGGCUGGUUGGUGUGGGUACGGCGCUUGCUUUAGCCAGGAAGGGGGCUCAGGUUGGCAUGAUUUUCUUCCGCCGGCAUUACAUGAUCACGCUGGAGGUUCCCAGCCGGGAUAAGAGCUAUCACUGGCUGCUCAGCUGGAUCACCAAACAUGCGCGGCACACGCAGCACCUGAGCGUGGAGACGUCCUACCUGCAGCACGAGAGCGGCCGUGUCCACACGCAGUUCGACUUUCACCCCAGUCCCGGAAACCACAUCAUCUGGUACAAACGCAAGUGGAUUCGAGUGGAGAGAACGAGGGAGAAGCAGAUGGUUGACCUCCACACGGGGACGCCCUGGGAGUCAGUGACGUUCACGGCUCUGGGGAGGAACCGUGAAGUCUUCUUCAGCAUCCUGCAGGAAGCGAGGGAGCUGGCCCUGAAGCAGGAGGAGGGCAGGACGGUGAUGUACACAGCCAUGGGUGCAGAAUGGAGGCCUUUUGGGUUCCCACGGCGACGGCGACCCCUGAGUUCAGUGGUGCUGGAUGUUGGUGUGGCUGAGAGGAUAGUGGACGAUGUGAAGGAAUUUAUUGACCACCCGAAGUGGUACACAGACAGAGGGAUUCCCUACAGAAGAGGCUACCUGCUCUAUGGACCUCCAGGCUGUGGAAAGAGCAGCUUCAUAACAGCGCUGGCCGGGGAGCUGGGUUACAGUAUCUGCCUGAUGAGCCUGAGCGACCGUAGCCUGUCAGACGACCGGCUGAACCACCUGCUGAGCGUGGCCCCACAGCAGAGCAUCGUGCUGCUGGAGGACGUGGAUGCAGCCUUCGUCAGCCGGGAGCUGCUGCCCACCGAGAACCCGUUGGCCUAUCAGGGCAUGGGGAGGCUGACCUUCAGCGGACUGCUCAAUGCCCUGGAUGGAGUCGCUUCCUCAGAAGCCAGAAUCGUCUUCAUGACAACCAACUUCAUAGACAGGCUGGACCCGGCGCUGAUCCGGCCGGGCCGGGUGGAUGUGAAGCAGUACGUGGGGCACUGCACCCCCUGGCAGCUGGCGCAGAUGUUCCAGCGGUUCUACCCCAGCGCGGCAGCGGGGGAGGCGGCGCGGUUUGCACAGAGCGCUCUCGCUGUGCACUCAGAGCUCAGCGCCGCUCAGGUGCAGGGACACUUCAUGCUGCAUAAAGAGGACCCCGCAGGAGCCACGGAGAAUGUGGCGAACAUGCAGGAGUAAGCGGCGUGCGUGACUCCAGCGUGCGUGACUCCCGCGUGCAUGACUCCC